GUAUAAUCGUCAGUACACUCAGUAAACUCGGUGUGUUCACUGUUCAAUGUUCAUGAAUGUUUAGUGUUGUACUGUUAGUUUAUGUUUGUUAAACAUUAUACAAUUAUUAUUUUUUCAUUAAAAUUUAUAUUAAUUAGGUAAAAAAUAUAAAACCCCACCUGGAGUUUUAAAAAAUAAAUAUUUCAAAUAUGUAUUAUGAAAACCUAACGUUAAAUUUGUAAGUGAGAUGAUAAUAAAAAAGCUGGUGAUAUAAUGAAUGAUAACGGAAAUUUUGGAAUGAUUAGCUCCAAGAUGCCACACAGUCAUUCGACACCAGCAGGAGUUGAUGGUGGUAGUCGUACACCACCAACAACACCAAGAAAAGCUGGAAAAAUGCUUGCUGUUAGAGUACAAAUGCUUGAUGAUACUGUCACAAUGUUUCAAGUACAGGCUAAAGCUUUGGGAAGAGUUUUGUUUGAUCAAGUCUGUAAACAAUUACAUUUAUUAGAAGCUGAUUAUUUUGGUCUUGAAUACCAAGAGCCAAAUGGACCAAAGUAUUGGCUUGAUUUGGAAAAACCAGUGUGUAGACAAGUUGGACUUUCGCUAGUCGACCCACUGUUAAGAUUUUGCGUUAAAUUUUAUACACCAGAUCCUGGUCAACUUGAGGAGGAGUUUACAAGAUAUUUGUUUUGUUUGCAAAUUAAAAGAGACCUGUCACACGGUUUACUUCAAUGCAAUGACAAUACUGCUGCACUAAUGGCAAGCUACAUUGUACAAGCUGAAUGUGGUGAUUACGUCAUUGAAGAUUAUCCAGAUCCAACGUAUUUAUCAACAUACAAAUUCAUACCACAUCAGGAUCAUGAUUUAGAAAGAAGAAUUAUGGAAAAUCAUAAAAAACAUGCAGGACAAUCACCAGCUGAAGCAGAUUUAAAUCUUUUAGAAACAGCACGAAGAUGUGAAUUGUAUGGAAUGAAAAUGCAUCCAGCAAAGGAUCACGAAGGAGUACCUUUGAAUUUAGCAGUUGCUCAUAUGGGCAUUAUAGUAUUUCAAAAUUACACGAAAAUUAAUACUUUUAGUUGGGCAAAAAUAAGAAAAAUAAGCUUUAAAAGAAAAAGAUUUUUAAUUAAACUUCAUCCUGAAGGCUAUGGAUAUUACAAAGACACAGUUGAGUUUUUCUUUGACGGUAGAAAUGAGUGCAAAAAUUUUUGGAAAAAAUGUGUUGAAAAUCAUGGAUUUUUUCGUUGUUCAAUUGUUAAACGAGUUUUGCGUCAAAAAACAAGAGUUCUCAGUCGAGGAUCUUCUUUUAGAUAUAGUGGAAAAACACAAAAACAAAUUGUCGAAUUUGUUAGAGAUAAUUAUGUAAAGCGUCAAACUUUCCAAAGGUCCAAUUCAUUCCGGCAGACUAGCGGUGGUAGGGCAAUGCAGGGCACGGAGGGGGGAGGUUAUCGUGGCGCCACCCCAAGCAGUUCGCUUAUGGGCAGCUCCAGCAUCUCUGCUCACCCCCUCCUGCCCCUUGGCGACCCUGCCCUGGGAACACCGGCGCUAUCUCUGUCAUGCGGUUCGAUGACACUGGAUUCUCCGACGACUGUGACGAGUGUCUCGAUGGGGGGGACGAGUCACCGUCGCGAAGACACAGCUACGUCUUAUCGGACGCUCACCUCUAUCGACGUGCAUUCACCGGCUACUCCGAAUCAAUCCCACCACCAAUCGAAUCGUCAUACUAUGGCUGCCCAGCAUCAUCAACACCAGCAGCAACAGCACCAGCAACAACGGAUAACAUCAUCAACAGGUGGUGAUUACAACCGAUGGAACUACGCAAAUGGGUACGUGAAUUCACCGGCUUGGCAUAUGCCAUAUCAGCCAGUUCGUAACGUAAUGGUUCACCGAACACCACGCACCUUGAUUGGUAAGCGGUUCUUACCAAUCUAUCCGGAAUGAGCUGAAACAUCAUCUCAAAUAUGGGCCAAUGUUUGAGCCCCCCAAAAAAAAUGAAUAAAAUAUUUAAUUCAAAGCCAAAUUAAUUGGAAAAAAAAAAUUAAAUUAAAACAUUGUUUUCUUAUAUCUAAAAAAUAAUAUCAAUAUUGAGAAUCAAAAUAUAAAAUGAGUAGAAAAAAAAAAUAAAAAGCUGAGUACCACGUGACACGAUGCAAUGAAUAUAAUAAUAUUUUUUCUACUCGAAUUUUUUCUCAAUAAAAAUGUACUAGGUUCAUUUAUAUUAUAUGCAUUUUGUUAGUAUCAUUUUAAUUUAUAGUUUGCAUCACACAAUUCAUGAAAAUUUAAUUAUUUUCAUCACCUUUUCAUGCUUUUUUAGAAUCACCUUAGACAAAUCACAAUUCACAUUAUUCAAUAAAUUAAAUUAAAUAGAAUAUUUAUAAUCGUAUCACAAGUUUGCUAAUUCCUUUAAAUGUAAUUUAAUUAAUUUAUUUUUAUUAACAAUAAUUAUUUACAACCUCUUCCAUUAAAUUUAAAAAUUUUGUAAAUAUUAUUGUUAUUGUUAAAUUCAAUCAACUUAGUCAAAAUUUAAAGUGCCAAUUUUUUUAUUAAAUGUUAAAAAUUAAAAUCCCUUUUUUUCAAUUUUAAAAAAUGAAAAAAAUAUAUUUGUUGAUAAUGUAUUUUUAUGCUUGUCUUGUUUAGUAGUUAAUAUACAUAUAAAAAAAAAAAUUAAAGCAAAUUUUGCUUUUUGUUAUAUGAUAGAAAAGUUAAAAAAAGUUGUUAAUGUGUUUUUUGAAUUAUUGAAUUAUCUAGUUUAACAAACAUUUCAAUUUAUUUUAUAAAUUUUUGUUACACAUAUUUUGCCUUUUUUUCAUUUUAUUUGAAAAAAUAAAUGAAAAGAUAAAACAAAUAUUACGACAAGUUUCUAAACCUAUAUAUAUUAUUAUCUCUUCUGUGUUGUAUGUGGUACUGAGCUUUCCCGCAUCUAAUCAUCGAUUGAUUAAUUUUUAUUUUAAAUCAAUUAAUUGGUUUAUUGAAUUAUUUAUUUAGUAUUUAAAACACCUGUGAACCAUUACGUAGCGAACCUUUUGUAUUCACAUUUUAUCACUAAUUAAAGAAAAAAAAAGUACAUUUUUUUUCAGUCUAUGACUACACCAAAAUUUGUAUUACAUAACAAAAAGUGUUAUUUAUAAAUAACAUUAUUUGUUUAUGAAAAUUAUCAUUCAAAUUUUAAUUAAAUUAAUCAAAAUUUUUGCAUGAUUAAAAAUGGUCAAAGGAACAAUUAAUUGCGAAAAUAUCACUGACCAAAAUUUCAAAAAUAGAUUUCUUUUUUAAAUUUUAAUUGUUCAGUUUCAAAUGAUUUUGUAAUCACCACUUGUCGACUGUUGCAAGUACAAGUACUCCACGAAUGUUUGGGAGUAAUUAUUAAAAAUCCCGAAAUAUCACAAGUAACCCUAAUUAUUUCAAAUUAACUUUUUUUCUUAUUUUUAAAUUUUUUACCUUUGCAUGUUGUCUUAGUCAAAAUUUUCAAAUAUUAUUGUUUUUCUAUUGAACAAAAAAAAGCAAAAAAAAAAACCACUUUUUUUCUAUCUAAACCAUCACUUUGAUAAUAGAUUUUUUUACAACAAAAUGCAUUUGUUUUUUAAGAAUUUGUAAAAACAAAAAAUAUUUAUAAAAAAAUAACAAAAAUUAAAAUCGAAUUUAAUUGAGACUGUUUUUCUGAAAUUUUAGAAAUUCAAAUUCCCGAAUUAUUUAUAUGUUACACCGUUGACAUUAAAAAAUUAAUCAAUAUCGUCAUUAUUGUUGUUAUUAUUAUUCAUAACAUAUUGAUAUAAUGUUUUUUAAAAAUCGAAAAGAAAAAAAAAAAAAAAUACAAUAUCGAUAAAUAGUGUAAAGUUUUUAUACUCGAAGACCGAGUUAAAUUAUAUAAAUUCGAAUAAAAAAAAUUACAGACUGUUGUAAAACAGAAUUGUGCGAAUAGCUAUCAAGAAAAAAAAAAAAAUAUGUUGUUUUUCUAAUUAUGGAGGAAAAAUUGACCAUUUUAUGUUAAAAAAAAUUU